UACUCAGACAAGUUAAAACCUCUCGCACCGCCCGCCAUUGAAAAACCCUCUGCAAUUCAUCCUCUCUCACCAACUCUCUUUUCUCUUUUCCCUUCCGCGCCAAUGGAAUACACAUCAAACCCCAACUCCGAUCACCGUCAAAACACCCGAAGAUACCAUCCGUAUCAACAAUUCAACAUCCCAAUCGAACACCUCUACGACCUCCCCACUUCACCGGAAUACCUCUUCAUCGAAGAAGCUCAAACCCAUCGUCGUUCCUGGAGCGAGAAUCUCCAGUACUACACCGGCUCCGGAUACCUCGCCGGCGCUAUUCUAGGAGCUUCCAAGGGAUCCGUGGACGGGAUCAAGGCCGCGGAGCCCGGCGAGUCCCUCAAGCUUCGAGCGAACCGGUUACUUAACUCGGGCGGACUCGCGGGCCGAAGAUAUGGAAACUCGAUGGGGACUCUUGGGUUGAUCUUCGCCGGGCUGGAGAGUGGGGUUACGCAUUUGAGAGGCGGAGCUGAUGAUUUGUUGAGUACGGUGUUGGCUGGGUUAGGAACUGGGGCGCUUUACAGGGCUGCGGCGGGGCCUAGAUCGGCUGCGAUUGCGGGAGCUGUAGGAGGAAUCACGGCGGCCGCAGCGGUUGCCGGGAAGCAGGCGGUAAAGAGAUACGUACCCAUAUGAGUUUUUGUUGGGUAGGGUUUAAGAGGGUUUUUCGUGGGGUUUCCUCUUAAUUUUCAUAUGGGAUUUUUUGUUCUUAUUAUCAUGUAGAAAUUGAACAUGACUUAAUCCAAUUUCAGUCCAUUUUGAUCCAA